AUGCAGGACACCUUGGCUCCGCAGCCUGUCGAGGAGCUUGAGCCAGCCACGUCGUUGGUGGUUUGCAACGAAGAAAGCUUCAGUCCAGGUCAUCUGGAGGCAAAAUCGAUGGAUGUCGAGGAGGCUCUUGAGGCCGUGGCCACAGAGAAGUUGGAUGCUGAGGAUGCGCCGAUGCCGACCGAGAAAUUGGAUCACGCAGAGGAGCCUGAUCUACAGACUCUCUUGCAGCGACAUAUCUCGGAGUUAGAGGAGGUGUCAACACAGAUGACCCAACGGCAGAAAGCCCUGCUUGGAGUCUAUAAGGCCCUCAGACUUCACGACUGGACCUCCAAAAAGAUGCCAUUUUGA